AUGAUGAAGAGAGAUAUUGGACAAUUGUCGAAUUAUGAUGACGCGGACGGCUCUCGAAGAAAGCGACAAAAGCAAGUUGGAGCAUCAUCUGGCCAAGCCGCCACAGGAACCGCGACAAAUGGAGACAUUCAGAUGGAUACUGGAGAAGGUAGCAGUUCUGGUGUAGCUGGUUUGAAAGAGCAGGGAACAAAGUUGUGGCAGAUGUUCAAAGACGUGGUCAAUAAAGAAUGUUACAUAUGGUCUCCAGCGUUCAUGCGCUUGACCUCAAAGCGCCAUUAUCCUGAUUAUUAUGUCUACAUUCAACAACCAAUUUGCUUGGCCGAUAUCAAGCAGAAAAUAGAUGACGGCUUAUACAACUCUCUCGAUGAUAUCAGACAAGAUUGCGACUUCUGUUUUUCAAACGCCAAAAAGUACAAUCAGAAGAACAGUCAAAUCUGGCUCGACACCAAAAAGUUCAUGCCGGAACUUCUAUAUAUAUGUUCCCGUCGGUCAGGCAAUCACUUGUCACUACUGGUGAAAUUUGUAAAUAAGGAGUAUACGAAAAUGACAAGAAAGAAAGUCAAGAAGAAUAGCGACGGAGACGAUGAGGACAAGCCUGCUGACGGUGGAGACGGCGAGAAGAAGAACAAACAACCUAACUUGACUCGACUCUUGAGAGCUAGAUUGCAGAAGGUUGUCGAUAAAGCUGACGAAGAGACGUGA